CACGAGAAAAAGAGUGAUCAAAUUCAAACAACCCUUGCACCAAAGAAAUAAAAAUGAAGAGAAAAAUUGCUAUUGAGAAAAUCGACGAUAAGCAAAGAAGAUUGGUUUCCUUUUCUAAGAGGAAAUCCGGUCUCUUCAAUAAGGCCAAACAACUUUCUCACCUCACUGGGGCUCAAAUCGCUGUUAUCAUCUUGUCCGAGACCGGUCGUCCCUACGUUCAAGCCUCCCCCACUCCCUCUUCCUUCGAGUCUCUCAUAGCUCCCUUCGUCUCAUCGUCUCCCUCGACUUCCACUACCGAAACCACUCAUGAGAUGACCUCGUCGACGACGGAGACGGAGACUUCGACGACUCAAGGUGAAGACGUGUUCAACCUUAACGAUUCGUUGAGAUAUUUACUGGAGUUCGACGUUGAGAACUGCAACGACUUGAAAGAGCUUGAGGCACUGAAGAAGAAAUUAGAAGAAACGAGAAAAAGGACUGCCGUGGCCUUGGAUUUGUCAGUUGCCGAAUAUCUUCUUUCUGACUAG